AUGGGUCUUGAAUCUAACGUCGUUGUAGCAUCAUCCAAUUCUCGUUUCAUGAUUAUUAGUACUCAAAACACAUUUCAUCGAGUUUCUCCUUUCCUUGUGCACAAAUUGAUACAAUCGACAAUUGGUGAAGUACAAAAUAUAAAAAAACUACGUUCUGGUGACCUUUUGUUGCAGACUUCCGAGAAGCAAGCUCUUCUUAUUAGUAAACUCACCAAAUUAGGAGAUUUUCCUGUCCAAACAGCCUUACAUAAAACUUUAAACUUUUCACGUGGUGUCAUUUCCGAGCCGGAUCUCAUCGACUUAUCUGAUGGAGAUCUUGUAACAGAAUUUUCAGACCAGCAAGUAUGCGCCGCGCGUCGUAUUAACAUUCGACGUGACGGUCAACUUAUACCAACAAAACACAUUGUAUUAACUUUUCAAACUCCAGUUCUUCCUAAAUCAGUCAAAGCAGGAUACAAAAUUUGUAGAGUUCGGCCAAACAUACCUAACCCUCUUAGGUGUUUUAAAUGCCAAAGGUACGGCCAUUCACAGCAAGCAUGUCGUAGCAAAAUGAUCAUGUGUGCAAAAUGUGCUGAAUCUGGACAUGACAUAAAUAAUUGCCAUUCAGACACCAUGAAGUGCGUUAAUUGCUCUGGGUCUCAUACUUCUAUCUCCAAGUCUUGCCCUAAAUGGACUCUAGAGAAGGAGGUGAUAUCCACAAAAAUACGAAAAAACAUAUCCUUCGCAGAAGCAAGAAAAUUAAUAAAUGAUAGAACUCCAAAAGUUGGUGCCUCUUACUCUGGUAUACUUAAAGCAACACUCAUAUGUAGUAGUGUUUAA